AUGCCUCCCCGCCCUCAGAGGAAGAAAGCCUCAGCUAGUCAGCCCUCCGCUAGUCAGCCGACAGCCCGCUCGGUCUCCGAAGAGCGGGCCGAGUUGCGCGCCCGUCUCCGCGCUCUUGAGGACGAGAAUCCGCCGGAACCGGCGUCGGCGAGCGUCGCGCCACCCCAGGACGAUCCUAUGGGGUCGCCAAUCGAGGAGCAGGAGAUGCCAACGCGUCCAAAGAAGGGCGCUAGAGGUAAAGGGAAGGGCCGAGCGUCGGAGGUCCAGCGGAGUAAUCGAGUGGAGGUGGUAGUGCCGCCGGUCCCUGCGGCGGGAGCGGUGUCGCGGAGCACAACGCGCUCCGAUGCGGAGGUCCGCAGCGAGGUCUCCGCCGCGUCGAGUAAGCGGCGCCACGGUCAGACGGAGCUAGCGCUCCCAGACCCGGCCCCUGUGAAGCGGGCCAAACACGACGAGCCGGCCUCCGUCGUCGAUGAUGACAAUAUGUGGCAGCCGGAGGUGAACACUCCGUGCAUCCAGUGCAAGGCCGCGAAGAAGGGGUGCCAGCCGCCCGUCGCCCGAGGCAAGGCCACGGCUUGCCGCAAUUGCGCGCGCAGCAAGAAGCCGUGCUCGUUCGCGAACUCCGCACCGCGUGCCCCGACCGCCAGCGCCGCUCCGCGCGCUCCGACGGCUAGCGCCGUCGUUCCGCGCCGACAGGAGUCUCGGACCGCCCGUCCCCGCCAUAAUGAAGAUGCGCUGUGGUCGGAGGUGAUGGAGGCGCAGCGGGCGUUGCGCCAGGGGGAGCGGUCCAAUGACCACUCCUUCCUGCUCGAUGAAAUCAAGCGAAUCGUCGGCGGGUCGGAGGAGCGGGUGCAGGAGGAGCUGGUCAGCCUGCGGCGGCAGGUGGAAGCUCUGACGAGUCGGGUGGCGGAAUUCGUGGAGGGGUCGUCGAGGCAAGGCGGAUCGGAGUCGGAGGAGGGCGAGGCCGAAGGCGAAGAGGAGGGCGAAGAGUCAGAGGAGUAG